AUGUGUCGUAGCACGAUUCAAAAACAUUCUUUCAUAACCUGGUUUUCAAGGUUACCCUUCAAGACCAGCACAUGCCUAGAUGUGCCCUGCUACAUCGAGGACGCCUCAGCCGUGGACUCGAGAACGGGUACGGAUGAACAGACGAGAUUCGUGAUCGGAUGUAGUAUCUUGUUCGUAGCACUUGCUGCUCGUUUCAUAUUAGUGCUGUAUUCAAAUAUCCAUGAUUAUAUGUUUCAUGUUAAUUUCACUGACAUCGACUACAGCGUUUACAGCGAUGCUGCUAAGCAUGUUGCAGCAGGACGAAGUCCUUUUGAAAGAGAGACUUACAGGUGGGCACUAACUCCUCUCAUGGUCAGAUUCUGUUUAUUAGGUAUUGCUGGGUCGCGAGCUGUCUUGUAA